CACUCCCCUCCACAACGACCGACGAGCUAGCAGGAGCUCACCGGCCGCCUCGGUCCCGCAGCUCGCCGCUCGAGCUAACAGCCGGCUGUAGCACGAGACCGACCUCUGUGGAUUCCUUUGGUCCGAGCGAACGACGCGCCGACGCACGCACACAUUCCUGGAGUUAUUCUACAGCGCAAUGGGAGCCUGCAACUCGUGCGAGGCCACGGCGGUGGCGGCGGCGCCGGGGUCGACGGCGGCGGAGGCGCGGGUGGUGCUCGCGGACGGCGCGCUGCGGCGGUUCCCGGGCGGCACGCGCGCGUCGCAGGCCGUGAAGGCGGCCGCCGGUGAGGGCGCGGCCCCGGCCGCCGCGUGGUUCCUGUGCAGCGCGGACGGACUGGAGCUCGGCGGCGCCGCGGCGGGGCUGGGGCCCGAGGAGGCGCUGCAGCCCGGGCAGCUGUACUUCGUGCUCCCCGCGGCGAUGCAGCGGCGGCCGCUGCAGGCGGAGGAGAUGGCUGCGCUCGCCAUCCGCGCCAGCGCCGCGCUCGUGGGCGACCACGACGGCCCGCUCGUGUUCCCGGAGGCCGCCGCCGCCGGGGGAGGCGCCACCUGCGCGCGGAGCGGCAAGGCGUGCCGGAGGUCCAGGAGGGGUAGCAGCCGCGGGCGGGACUUCGUGCCGGACCUCGGCGCCAUUGCCGAGUAACCGCCGGGGGGCGUCCAGCUAGGAGAGAGAGCUAACGGCAGCCUUCGUCGACAAGGAAAACUGAAAAAAAAAAGUUCAACUGUAGUUACGUGUUAACUGAUCAAGCGAAGGCUUUGACUAAUGCUAGCUAGUGUAGGAACGGAACGGAAGUGCAGCUCAGCUCGCAUCUGGCUGGUGUGCCGGUGUACGUAGAUACGCGGCAGGGUGUACAUGUAGAAUACGCGUAGGUUCGAGAGGUGCCCAUGUGCGAGGACUCGCCGCGAUCCAAGGGCCAGUGGACGACGCGCGGGGCCCUUGGUUGUUUGUGUCUGACGCGCGGGGCCCGCGUCGAGCUGAGCUGAGCUGUAACCGCUGUGAUCGACAUGCCGAUGUGGCGAAGUUCCAUCAACGACUCGAAAUUGCCAUUGUUGAUGCAAA